AUGGCCAACAUCCGUGAUCUCAAUCAACUCCCUCCCUAUUGGGAAGUCGUCGCCAGCAUGGAAGAACCAAGCUUUGCUCACCCCUUCUUCGCCGGUCACAACCAUAACCACAUGCCACAUGGCGAACACUUUGCUGGUGCUGGAGACUUUGAUCUGCCCCAUCGCGGCCGCCAUGGCCCUCACCACCGCCGCCACCGCCGCGGAGAGCCUGUGACUGAAGACGAAGAACCUACCCAGACCGAGACUGCCGAAGAUGACGAACCCUCCUCUUCCUCCUCCGACGAGGAAGACCAUGACGAACCCCGGAAAUGCAAGCGUCACGGUCGCCACGGCGGUUUCCAUGCCAGAGGCGGCAAGGGCUGUCAUGGACCCGGUCGCCAUGGCCGCGGUCCAUGGGGGAAAUUCGACCACCCCCCUCAUCCCGGGGCAUUUGGAGCUUGGGGAGCUAGUUUUCAGGGACCCCACGGUGGAUUUGGCCCCCAUGGCGGCUUCGGCCAUGGGCCGCAUGGUCGGUUCGGGCCCUACGGGGGUAAACACAUGCGCGGUGGCUUCAAGCAUGGUGGUCGGGGCGGACCGCACCGUGGCUUUGGCCCAUUUGGCUUCAAGGAGUUCGGCCCCCAUCGUCACGGCAAACAUCACAAGCGCGGCGACUUUUUCCACCCCGAGGUGGAUGUAUUUGACACUACCGAGGCCUUUCUGGUGCAUGUUUCGCUGCCCGGAGCGAAGAAAGAAGCGGUGGAAGUGAAGUGGGACCCGAAGAAGUUCGAGCUGAAUAUUAGUGGAACCAUUGAGCGGCCUGGUGAUGAGGAACUACUGAAGACAUUGGCGCUGGAUGAACGUCGCGUGGGGACUUUCGAUCGCCAGGUGCGGUUGGGCAGUGUGUUCCAGCCCGUGGAGGUGCAUGUCGAAGGCAUCACGGCUGAGAUGGAAAACGGAGUGUUGAACAUCAAGUUGCCCAAGGUGGAAACGGACGUGGUGAUGGUGACGCGUGUGGAUGUGCAGUGA